AUGGCCGCUCUGUUGGCCUUUGCAGCGCUGCUGCCCACUGCUCUGGGCCAGGCCAACACCAGCUAUGUCAAUUACUCCAUUGAGGCCAAUCCGGACCUGUGGCCCCUCUGCGUGGCCACUCUGCCUCUGUCCUUUCCGGACUGCAGCCAAGGUCCUCUGAGCUCGCAGCUCGUGUGCGACACGUCGGCCACGCCUUAUGAACGGGCAGCCAACCUCAUCUCGCUGUUCACCCUCGAGGAGCUCAUUGCCAACACGGGCAACUCGGGCCUGGGGGUGUCUCGACUCGGCCUGCCUCCGUACCAGGUAUGGAGCGAAGCCCUGCAUGGCCUCGACCGAGCCAACUUCACCGAUGCAGGGGCCUACGAGUGGGCGACUUCAUUCCCCCAGCCCAUCCUGACCACCGCCGCCCUCAAUCGCACCCUCAUCCACCAGAUCGCCUCCAUCAUCUCGACGCAGGGACGUGCUUUCAACAACGCCGGCCGCUACGGGCUAGAUGUCUACGCCCCGAACAUCAAUGCCUUCCGUCAUCCAGUUUGGGGACGUGGUCAGGAGACUCCGGGAGAGGAUGUGACUCUGGCGGCUGCAUAUGCCUACGAGUACAUCACAGGCAUCCAGGGCGAUGGUUCCCAUCUCAAGCUGGCCGCCACCGCCAAACACUUUGCGGGCUAUGAUCUGGAGAACUGGCACAAUCAUUCACGGCUGGGCAACGAUGUUAUUAUCUCGCCUCAGGAUCUGUCGGAAUACUAUACUCCCCAGUUCCACGUUGCUGCCCGGGAUGCCCAUGUCCACAGCGUCAUGUGCUCUUACAACGCCGUCAAUGGCAUUCCCACCUGCGCCAGUCCGUAUCUCCUGCAGACUCUCCUCCGCGACACCUUUUCCUUUUUGCCUGAUGGCUAUGUGUCCAGUGACUGCGAUGCCGUCUACAAUAUCUACAACCCCCAUGCAUAUGCCUCGUCGGAAGCCCAAGCCGCCGCGGAUGCCCUCCGCGCAGGCACCGACAUUGACUGCGGCACCACCUACCAAUGGCACUUUAACGAGUCUGUGAUUGCUGGCGAAGUCGCUCGCACGGAUAUCGAACGUGGUCUGAUCCGGUUGUACACGACUCUUGUUCGUCUGGGGUACUUUGACUCCACCCCAUCCCCGUACCGCAAUCUCUCCUGGUCAGAUGUCGUCUCCACCGACGCAUGGAACGUCUCGUACGAGGCGGCUGUGCAGGGCAUUGUGCUGUUGAAGAAUACUCAAACCACUCUGCCCCUGACCUCCUCCCCAGCCAACACCAGCAUUGCCCUCAUCGGUCCCUGGGCCAACGCCACCACCCAACUCCAAGGCAACUACUACGGCACACCUCCCUACCUGAUCAGCCCCCUCGCUGCAUUCGAAUCCUCCGGCUACACCGUGCACUUUGCCCCGGGCACUGGCAUCUCCUCCAUCAACACCACCGGUUUCUCCGCCGCCCUGUCCGCAGCCCAGUCCUCGGACGUAAUCAUCUACGCCGGAGGCAUCGACAACACCAUCGAAGCCGAAGCCCUAGACCGCGAAUCCAUCGCCUGGCCAGGCAACCAACUCUCCCUCAUUCACGAACUAGCCACCUACGCCGGCAGCACCAACAAACCCCUCAUCGUGCUCCAAAUGGGCGGCGGACAAGUCGAUUCCUCGUCUCUCAAAUCCAACCCCAACGUCUCCGCCUUGAUCUGGGGUGGUUACCCAGGCCAAUCCGGCGGCGCGGCCCUCCGCGAUAUCCUCACCGGAGUACGUGCCCCAGCCGGCAGACUCGUCACGACGCAAUACCCAGCUUCAUACGCAGAAUCCUUUUCCGCACUAGACAUGAGUCUCCGUCCAGACAACAAGAGCGGGAAUCCCGGACAGACGUAUAAAUGGUACACCGGGGAGAGUGUGUAUGAGUUUGGUCACGGAUUGUUCUAUACCACUUUCGACGAACAACCCACCAACAACACUAGAGCACUAGUAUUCAACAUCCAAGAUAUCCUCUCGCAGCCCCAUCCCGGCGAAGCCGUGGAAACUAUCACCCAGAACGGACUGUUUAAUUUCACCGCCCAAAUCACCAACACGGGGACCGUGGAGAGUGAUUACACGGCCAUGGUAUUUGCCAAUACGAGUGAUGCGGGCCCGGCGCCGUAUCCGAAUAAAUGGGUGGUGGGGUGGGAGAGAUUGGCAAAAAUAGAGGCUGGGGAAAGCAGGGAGUUGAGGAUUGAAGUGCCCAUUGGGGGGUUGGCCAGGGUGGAUGUUAAUGGUGACUGGGUGGUGUAUCCGGGGAGUUAUGAAAUCGGGUUGAAUUUGGAGAGGAAGGUGGUGGUGAAGGUGGUGUUGGAGGGGGAGGAGAGUGUCGUGGUUAAGUGGCCCGAGGAGAGUUCUUGAUGUUGUUUAUUUCAUAGUUGUCUUGGAAGAUCAAGAAAGAUAAACAAACGUUGAGGUCUGGAAGUCGAGAGGAGAGGUUCAGGAAAGGCGGC